AUGCUGUCAACCUCUGUUUUGCGCGCCAGGGCUCCCAGGGCCCUGGCCGCCAGUCGGGCUUUGCCCUUGAGGAACCAACUCCGUCUUCUCUCCUCAACCCCCCGCCGAUAUGCCGACGAGAAGCUCAACCGCGUGUCGUCCGCCAUCACACAGCCCAAGUCGCAGGGCGCAUCACAAGCCAUGCUUUAUGCCACCGGCAUGACCGAGGAAGACAUGAACAAAGCCCAGGUUGGCAUCUCGUCUGUCUGGUACGAGGGCAAUCCCUGCAACAUGCACCUCCUCGACCUCUCAACCAUUGUCCGCGAAAGCGUCGCCAAGGCUGGCCUUGUCCCGAUGCGCUUCAAUACCAUCGGUGUUUCGGACGGCAUCAGCAUGGGCACCACCGGCAUGCGCUACAGCUUGCAGAGCAGGGAGAUUAUCGCCGACAGCAUUGAGACGGUCAUGCAGGGCCAGUGGUACGACGCCAACAUCUCGCUGCCCGGCUGUGACAAGAACAUGCCCGGUGUUCUCAUUGCCAUGGGCCGCGUCAACAGACCCAGCAUCAUGGUGUACGGCGGCACCAUCAAGCCGGGCUGCAGCAUGAAGGGUGAGCCGCUCGACAUCGUCAGCGCCUUCCAGGCAUACGGCCAGUACAUCAGCGGCGAGAUCAACGAGAAGGAGCGCUUUGACAUUAUCCGCAAUGCUUGCCCCGGCGGCGGCGCGUGUGGCGGCAUGUACACGGCUAACACCAUGGCCUCUGCGAUCGAGACGCUCGGCAUGACCCUCCCCGGCAGUAGCAGUUUCCCCGCCCAGGAUCCAAGGAAGAAGGCCGAGUGCGAGAGCGUUGGUGAAGCCAUCAAGAAUCUCCUCCGUGAAGACAUCCGGCCUAAGGACAUCCUGACUCGGCAGGCGUUCGAGAACGCCAUGGUUGUCGUCAGCAUUCUUGGUGGCAGUACCAACGCCGUGCUUCACCUGAUUGCCAUCGCCGAUUCAGUGGGCAUUAAGCUCACCAUUGACGACUUUCAAGCUGUCUCGGACAAGACCCCUCUGCUGGCCGACCUGAAGCCGUCUGGCAAGUACGUCAUGGAGGACCUCUGCAACAUCGGCGGCACCCCGGCGCUGCUCAAGUUCCUGCUCAAGGAGGGCCUUAUCGACGGCUCCGGCGUGACCGUGACGGGCAAGACGAUGAAGCAGAACGUGGCCGACGUGCCCGGCUUCCCCGACGACCAGCCCAUCAUUCGCCCCCUGAGCAACCCGCUCAAGCCAACGGGCCACAUCCAGAUCCUGCGCGGCUCCCUCGCCCCCGGCGGCUCGGUGGGCAAAAUCACGGGCAAGGAAGGUUUGCGGUUUGAGGGCACGGCCAAGGUGUACGACUAUGAGGACGCCUUCAUCGAGGCGCUCGAGCGCGGCCACAUCAAGAAGGGCGAGAAGACGGUCGUCGUCAUUCGGUACGAGGGUCCCAAGGGCGGGCCCGGCAUGCCCGAGAUGCUCAAGCCCAGCUCAGCCAUCAUGGGCUACGGCCUCGGCAAGGACGUCGCCCUCAUCACCGACGGCCGCUUCUCGGGCGGCAGCCACGGCUUCCUGAUCGGCCAUAUCGUGCCUGAAGCCAUGGAAGGCGGCCCCAUCGGCCUGGUCAAAGACGGGGACAGAAUUGUAAUUGACGCCGAGAAGCGUGUGCUGAAUCUCGAGGUGUCGGCCGAGGAGCUCGAGAAGAGGAGAAAAGAGUGGAAGGCGCCGGCUCCCAGGGCCCAACGGGGUACCCUGAGCAAGUAUGCCAAGUUGGUCAGCGAUGCUAGCCACGGGUGCGUCACGGAUAGGCCGUAA